GUAGAGAGGGGCGAAAGUGACCAAUUUCACGCCAGGGCGGCAUCAUAGCGAGCGGAAAGUAAGCCCUGGCGUGAAAUGGCCACUCUCGCCCCUCUCUAGGCAUGGAAGUCGAACUUUCCAUAAAAGAGUUGUAAAAAAUAUCGUGUGCAUCUCGGGUCGAAAGCUUUUUCAGACUCGUCUGAAAAACGCUGCUUUCUCCCCUUGGUGCACAAUAUACUAUAAACUCUCGAUAUGCGCAGCCCGGUAACGUCGUGAGCCGUGAUCAUGCGCCUCGAGAAGCGUCGCGCGCGAUUAUUCGUCGAGGCACCCCGCCUCGCGAAAGGAACACGUGUUCGACGCGCGAGCAUUAGCAACCCUAUAAUCAAAAACUAAAGCUUGAAAAUAGAGUCACGUUCCGCGUGAUUGGCCGAAUAAGUGUAUUCUCCGGUUUUUCCACGGCGCGACCGCCGAAUGGAGAGUCUCGGAGCCGGCAGAAGACUUUGAAUCGUCGGCUCGUUCGUACGAUAGCUGACGACCUUUGAUAAAGUGUCGUGUCGUGCGUUGUUCUGUGAUUCUAAGAUUGAAAAUUGUUUGCGUGCGGUAAUACUGAGUUGCAAAAGAGUGAAAAUGACGAUAGUGGAAGAUAGAAGUUUGAGCGAGACACUUGCGACAAAAGACUCGACAAAAAUAACAAAAUCGGAAGAACUAGACGACAUCGGACCGCUAAAAUUGAAAGUGUAUAAAAAGAGAUGGCUAAUGCUGGCCAUCUACAUGAUUUAUACUGGAUCGAACUCUUCUCAAUGGAUAGAAUACUCGAUUAUAACUAACAUAGUCACUAGGUAUUAUGGAGUGUCUUCCUUGAUGGUUGACUGGACCUCGAUGUCGUUCAUGGCAUUUUACGCGGUGUUUAUAUUCCCAGCGUCGUAUGUGACUGACAGGUGUGGUCUGCGACGGACCCUUAUCAUAGGCACCGGCUUAAAUUGCUUGGGUGCCUGGAUAAAAACCUUUUCCGUUCAACCUGAUAGGUUUCACGUCGCUUUCGUCGGUCAUUCGGUAGUCGCGCUCGCCCAGACUAUGGUCCUGCCGUUACCAGGACGCAUAGCCGCGCAAUGGUUUCCUUUUACUGAGCACUCGACCGCUACGUCUUUGGGUAUUUUCGGCUAUCAACUGGGAAUAUCAUUGGGUUUUCUCUUAGGGCCUAUAAUAGUGAAGAACCACGAGAGCCUGGAUGACAUUGGCAAAGAUUUGUCACGUUUAUGCUGGAUCGUUGCAGUCGUCGCCACGAUUGCAUUUGCUCUAGUGCUUAUAUUAUUUCAGGACGAACCGAAAUUACCGCCAAGCGAGACACGGGCGCUGCAAAAAAUGAGUCGGACGAAGAAAAAAGAGGAAUUUGCGAUGACAAUUAAGAGACUCUGCAAACACAAAAACUUCAUUAUGCUGUGUAAUUCCUACGGUUUGAACAACGGCGUUCUGAAUGCCGUGUCUACAUUACUCAAUCAGAUAUUCCUCGCACACUUCGUGAACGGAGAAGAAGAUGCAGGCAGAAUUGGCUUAGCUAUAACUCUGACCGGUAUGGCCGGUUCUGUCAGUUUCGGUAUCAUCCUUGAUAAGACGCAUAAAUUUAAAGAAACUGCCGUAACAGUUUAUUUUCUUUCAUUAUUUGGUCAAAUACUAUUCGCGGUAUCUAUAUGCCUUGGCAUAAAGUGGAUGGUAUAUGUCUCAGCGAUUUUCUUAGGAUUCUUCAUGUCGGGAUAUCUGGCGUUGGGAUUUGACUUGAGCAUCGAAUUUACAUACCCAGAAUCGGAAAAUAUACCCGCAGCAUUUCUCAAUAUAACGACUAGCAUUUACGGCAUUACACAAAUUAUAAUAUUUGGAUUAUUACUGAACGCAUACGGUGAUAUUCCAGUGCACAUCGGUUUAUGCUUGGUUUUACUGUUCGGUCUCAUUUUGACCGUCAUAACGAAAGACGAACAACGACGACAAGAUGCGAGGAAGAAAGUUCAGUAUCAAGAACUCGCAAAAAUUGAGAAAAAUGUCGACGGCGUUCCAGAAACUAAUCAAUUAACUUAUAAUAUUAAUUAGUAGAUACAAAUAAUAUCAAAUCUUUUAAUACUGAUAAAUUUUCGAACACAUGGAAUUUUAUUCACAUUCUAAUUUUUCAUGAAUAUUAGUUUUUGAGCCAGAGUGGACUCAUUUUUUGUAACAUUUGGCCGUAUCAUGGCUUUAUAUCAACAACACCAAAAAUCAAUAACAAGGAGAAAUACUCCUUCUGCUGCCAGCAUACUUUUUUCUAAUAUGUAUGAAACUAUUUAUCUUUAUUAAGAUACAAUUUUAGAUAUAAGUAUGGUUUUAUUUUUAUUAU